UGGCUUCGGUCUGUCGCUCGCAGUUUCUUCUGCUGAGCGCCCGACGACUCUGCACAAAUCUCCUUUCUUUGUUCUCGCGUAGCGGCCGCGCGACGAUAGUUGUGAUCGAAAGCUCGUGUGCUUCGAAGCGCGAACAAGGGUUCUGUCGCGAGCCCCCCUUCAGAAAAGUUCCGGUGAAGUACCGACUGGAAGUACUCGUAUCUUAGCGGAAAACUAUAGGAAACAUGGCCGGCACGGGGAUUUUGUUACUUUUUUGUGUAACGGUCACAAACUCUAUCGCUUUUCCGACCCAGGAUUCCAAAAUCGUUAGCCAAUCCAAACUUGGACAAGAAUUCGUCUACGUCCAAUCGUCUGGUUCAGGCGCGAGGCCCAUAGCUAGGAAAGACAAGGUGGAAACCGAGAGAAAUUUCGAAACCGCACACAAGUUGCCGCCAUCAUUGACAUUUAGCAUAAGCCAAGACGAUGAAGAGCCUAUUGAGGAGAAAAAGCCGCUGAAAGGCGGCAAAAAGGUCCAUAAAAGGGAAGCGCGCCCUCAACAGGGUCCCGCCCCUGCGCCCCCCGGUGCGAUUAAAUUGAACGUUGCGAAACUUCUAGAGAAAUACAAGGAGGAUAUCAAAACGUCCACCACCGAGAGGACGUCGUCGACGACUACCACCAAAUCGAGUCGAAGGAGGGGCACGAACAAAAGGGCCAAGAAAGAAACGAAACCCGAGGAUGGUGGUCCCGCAACUAGUCCCACGCCUGUGCUAACUACCCCAAAAAUUGCCCCAAAGAAAAUCGACGUGGACGAUAUCCCGCUAGUUGCUGCCGGCAGCGAGAAGCAAAGGUCGAGGAUACAGAUUAAGAAAGGUCCCAACGGUCAGGAGUACGAAUACGAAUACGUUUACUAUUACUACGAUGAAGACGAAGAUCCAAAAGACAAAAAGGUUACAAACUCUCACGACGGUCCAGCGAGGAAUACCAUCGCGAGCAGAAACGACAAAAGCCGCGAAAAAUCCGAACCGGAAGCUAACGAGAUCGUACCGACCAGAUCGAAAUCGAGAAGCAGACAGCUAGGCGAAGAUGAAGUUGAUGAAGAAAGGUUGCCGGCAGCCACAAGAUUCCCUCCAAGAAGUCGCAACUUGAACAGCACACCAAAUCCGGACGACGUUCCAGCGGCGAAAACCAGAACUCGGGGAAAGCCAGCGGACGCGGUAGUCGAGGACAGCGUAUCCGACGAGACUCAGGAGGAGGCCAAAAAGAAAAGCAAAGAACCGGUUUUCGAUGACACCAUAAAAUCAUCGGCCGACGGUCCCGAAACUACACCCGCUACCGGCAUGGAAAAAGUGGCCUUGGAUCUGUACGCCAUCUCCCAAGGCACUCAGAAGCUUUUCGGCGAUACGAACGAGGAAUUGAGCACCGAAGACGGGAAACUUGAUACAGACGUUACAGCUACCACAGCGGAAUCAUCUUCGACGGACUUGUCCGAAGUAGAGUCUACCACUACCACAACUACAACUACCACAACCACCACGACAACAACGCCAGCCCCUACAACUACCACUAAAACCACCACUACCACCACAACGACCACCGAAGCGCCUACGAAAGCCAGCCGAUUUGGAGGUCGGCAAAGAAUUGGAGGCCGCAAAACCACUACUUCCACCACCGAAGCUGCACCGGCUUCUGAUUCCAAGCCCAAGAAGUUCGGAGGACGUCCGAGCUUCGGCGGCAGAUCUAGGAGCAAAACGACUGCCUCUCCGGCCGUCGAAGAAGACGUUCACAAGGAAGAAUCUAAGGCCGUAAGCCAAUCUAAGCCAUCUUCUGGAAGACGUUUCGGUGCUUCGAGACCCCGUGGUCGUACCACCACGGCCCCAGAGGAGCGCAAGGAGGAAACCAGCACCUCGGCCUCCACGAGCGGAAGCAGACCUUCACUGCCUAGAACAAGGCCGGCGUUUAAUAGCCUGAGAGGCAGAGGACGUAGUACCACCGCAGCGCCAUCUACCGCGGAAGGUGAAGAAAGCAGCCCUCCGGAAGACUCAUCGGCGUCAUCGUCGGAAAUUUCCAGCACCACAGCGAGGUCGAGAAGGGUCCUGCCUGGCAAUAAUAGCAACGUGAAACCGCUUAGACCGGGACCAAGGAUUAAUUUGGCCGGGAGAAGGGGUGGUAGUACAACCACAACUACCACAACCACCGAAACACCAUCAGAAGAUGACAACGUGGCCGGAGAUGAAGAAGAAACUCACGCCGAAGCUGCAAGCGAAAAGGACGAAGCCCCAGCCCCCCCGCCGGUUGAUAAUAGUCCUCUAGGACGUUUGCGCAAUCGCAAUAAGAUAAACGUUCAAGCAAAACCUAAAGCAGCAGCUAGUACACCCGUUCAAGUGCAAGUACGUCGAGUGAAUCCUCUGUUAGGUAGAAGGCGGCCUGGACAGUCUACGGAAUCGCCUUCAAGCGAGGCGCCUAUCGAAGUAUCCUCAACGGAAGGUGCUGAAGAGCAGCCUCCGGCAGAGACAGAAGCUGCUUCUAGUUCAACAACAACCACUGAAGAGCCAAGAGGUUUAAGCAAACUUUUAGCUGGAAGGAGGAGGGCUCUGCCUAGGACCCCGGGCACUAAAUCGCAGUAACAGGAAAAGGCUGAAUUUCGAUGUCAAACAAAAGCAGAAAACGGAGAACGCCGCCGCUGCAUUUGACAGAUGCGUACACCAUUACAAAAUUGUUACAGAAUUUUUUUUUUGAAUAAGGACAGAGCUUCCUUGUCCGUUUGGCCACGUACAUUACCCUGACGAGUGCUGUGAGAAAAUUGUUUGCAUAAACUUUAGUGAGUUUCGUAACUUUUAGUUGACUAUACCACUUCCUUGUUUCCAGAAAAAUGUUUUUUGUUUCAUGUAAAUACCAAUUAUUGUUGUUUUCAUUAAGAUACGCAAGACAAGAGUUUUUCGCUUUCAUUUAGUUUUAGAAAAAAUAGUUAUGGUUUAAUUAGCGAAAUGUAGCUGAUAAGUCUACGCAGGCCUGACUUGUGCCAAUAUUUUUAAUUAAGUACCCACUUGUACUGUAAUUUAUUUUUGUAAUCUAUCCCUAAUUUCUGUACAUAUCUAAAGUUUAAAAAUA